CAGAUCUUUCAAACUCGUCUCUCUUCUCUUCAUGGACCCGCUUCUAUUAAUACUUACUACUUCGUUUUGAUCACUCCAUUUAACUGAUUGAAGUUCCGCAAACCUUAUUAUCGAUCGAAUUCUUGCAAAUCUCGAGUCCAUUCUCUGGAUACUCGUAAAUCCUCAAGAUGUUAGAUUUAACUAAACUGAAUCCCGGUGAAAUUGUCCUAAUAGGAUGUGCAUUUUGUGUACUGCUCACAUUGCAUUUCACGAUACAGCUUCUAUCGCAGCAUCUGUUUUACUGGAAGAACCCUAAGGAGCAAAAGGCUAUUAUUAUCAUUAUCCUCAUGGCCCCUAUAUAUGCUGCUGUCUCUUUUGUGGGUCUGUUGGAUUUUCGUGGCAGCAAAGUAUUUUUCAUGUCUUUGGAAUCAAUCAAGGAAUGCUAUGAGGCUUUGGUCAUUGCUAAAUUUAUGGCAUUGAUGUAUAGUUUCUUGAAUAUAUCCAUCAGUAAGAAUAUAGUGCCUGAUGAAAUCAAAGGAAGGGAAAUUCAUCAUUCUUUUCCAAUGACACUUUUUCAGCCUCACACUGUACGCCUGGAUCACCGAGUACUGAGGCUUCUGAAGCUCUGGACAUGGCAAUUUGUCAUCAUUCGCCCGGUGUUAUCCCUCUUAAUGAUAGUGUUACAACUUCUGGGGCUGUACAUUUCUCCAAUCAGCUGGACUUUCACUAUUAUCCUCAAUGUUUCAGUAUCAUUGGCUCUGUAUUCUUUAGUGGUCUUCUACCAUGUCUUUGCUAAGGAACUUGAACCACACAAGCCGCUUGCCAAGUUCUUGUGCAUUAAAGGCAUCGUCUUCUUCUGCUUUUGGCAGGGAAUUGUACUCGAGAUUCUGGUUGCCAUGGGUGUUAUUCGAUCUCGUCAUUCCUGGUUGAAAGUUGAACUUAUUGAGGAAGGAAUCCAGAAUGUGUUAGUGUGCUUAGAGAUGGUUGUAUUUUCCGUUCUUCAACAAUAUGCCUAUAGUGUCCAACCUUACAGUGGAGAUGUUGGUAAAUGGAAAGUGAAAAAGAAUGAUUAAUUCACGAAAUAGGCUGUUAUAAGUGUAACCUUGUACAACAUAUGUAGCUGAAGGAAAGCAUCGAGGUUGUAUAAUUUAUUUGCAGUUUUGAUGUAAGACACAUUGCUAGAAUUUGAUCGAAUAUGAAUAUUGUCAGGUCAUCUGAAUAAUUAAUCAGUUCAGUUAUCCUAGAAACUA